CUUAAAGUGGAAUUGGCGGCUCAGUCACUUUGCAUUACUUUGGCCAUACGACGAAUGUCAUGAUGCCAAGCAUCGUCGUGUUGCAUCGACGGCGCAUCGUCGUGUGUGUCCUGCUCGUCCUGGCGUUGCUUGGCGCCUGCUAUGGCCUUCAGUCCUGGUGGAUGAUCCAACAGGAAGAGCACACGCGAUGCCAUCGCCACUCGGAAGGACUGUCAGAACUCAUGCAAAAGUUCGCAGAGCAUAUUGUAAGACUCGAGAAUGCAGCGCCGAUUCUGUCAACGACGGCGCCGUUUUGUCCCAACUCGGAAGCGCGGCUCGCAGUCAUUGUUCCGUUUCGGAAGCGCGAUGAGCACUUGCGAGUGUUUCUUCCAUGGAUGCGUCACCAUCUGCGAAACGAAUGGCAUCGCAUCAGCGAAAAUCCGGACAAGGUGUCGAACGGAACGCCCAUUUGCAGGUUUGCCGGGUUUCUGGUGAUUGAGCAAGGGGAUGACGCGCCGUUCAAUCGAGGGCGCCUGCUCAACAUUGGGGCACAGCUGGCACACGAGCAACUCGAUGCGAGCGUGCUUGCCUUCCACGACGUGGACAUGUUGCCAACGGACGCUGUUCAGUACGUGUCCAACAUCCCGGCCAAGCCCACGCAGCUAUCUGCCGAGCUGGAUCGAUUUGGGUUUGAGCCUCCCUAUCCCAAGUACGCCGGCGGUGUCGUAUUGACGACCUAUGAGGACUACGCCAAAGUUGAUGGGUUUAGCAACACGUUUUCUGGGUGGGGUUCUGAAGACGAUGACUAUUUCUACCGGUUGCGCGUCAAUGGAUUGCUGCGUGAUCCGGAAGCCAUGAACCGAGCUGCUCCUGGCCAAGGAGUCUUCUUUUCGUUGCCGGAAAAGUUUCACACGACGCGCGAUAUGGAAAACUUCCGAACAGGCGAGCGUCGCAUCACGCAGCUCGAACGCGGCGACACGUCAAGUCUGCAAAACGACGGACUGUCCACGCUCAAGUACUCGGUCGCUCACAACGAAAUGCUCGCUGGAGAUGCCCAUUUGAUACGAGUGGUCUAGGAGCGGCUCAAGAAGCCGCAUUGUGAAACAAGCUGGAUUCACUUGCUUGAUGUUUGCUCGUGUUAAUUAUGCAUCAUUUUUUUUUUUUUUUUGCUUUUCAACAACUUGUACCAAAAAAAAACAACCACCAACAACCGU